CGCGGAACGGUGUCGGGGCGGCCGUACGACGUGCCUAUAUAAAUUGACGCGAGCCCGCCGUCGCAGUGUACACAUCACAUUCGUCGUUCUCCGAUCGCACCGCGCAAACGCCGUUCCGUUUGCACGUUUAUUUAUUUAUUUAUUCGUCACUUUUCGCAAGAAAACCGUAACCAUGUGCGACGAAGACGUGGCAGCUCUGGUAGUGGACAACGGUUCCGGUAUGUGCAAGGCCGGAUUCGCUGGCGACGAUGCGCCCAGAGCCGUGUUCCCGUCGAUCGUCGGACGUCCGCGGUACCAGGGCAUCAUGGUGGGCAUGGGACAAAAGGACAGUUACGUCGGAGACGAAGCACAAUCCAAGAGGGGAGUGCUUACAGUCAAGUAUCCCAUCGAACACGGUAUCGUCACCAACUGGGACGAUAUGGAAAAGGUGUGGCACCAUACGUUCUACAACGAGUUACGUGUAGCCCCCGAAGAGCACCCAGUGUUGCUGACCGAAGCGCCGCUCAAUCCGAAGGCCAACAGAGAGAAAAUGACACAGAUCAUGUUCGAAACGUUCAACACCCCGGCAAUGUACGUGGCCAUCCAAGCCGUACUCUCCUUGUACGCUUCCGGUCGGACGACUGGUAUAGUUUUGGACUCGGGUGACGGCGUGUCCCACACCGUGCCCAUCUACGAAGGUUACGCCCUACCACACGCCAUACUCCGUCUGGACUUGGCCGGCCGCGAUCUCACAGACUACCUGAUGAAAAUCCUCACCGAAAGGGGUUACAGCUUCACGACUACCGCUGAACGAGAAAUUGUUCGCGACAUCAAGGAGAAGCUGUGUUACGUGGCACUCGACUUCGAGCAGGAAAUGCAGACGGCCGCGUCGUCCAGCGCUCUGGAGAAAUCCUACGAACUCCCGGACGGACAGGUGAUCACCAUCGGAAACGAAAGAUUCCGUUGCCCGGAAUCGCUGUUCCAGCCUUCGUUCUUGGGAAUGGAAUCGGCCGGUAUUCACGAGACCACGUACAACUCAAUCAUGAAGUGCGACGUGGACAUCAGGAAGGACCUGUACGCCAACACGGUACUAUCCGGAGGCACAACCAUGUACCCGGGUAUCGCAGACCGGAUGCAGAAGGAAAUCACGUCACUCGCCCCGUCCACAAUGAAAAUCAAAACGAUCGCACCGCCCGAACGCAAGUACUCCGUGUGGAUCGGUGGCUCCAUCUUGGCGUCCCUAUCUACUUUCCAACAGAUGUGGAUUUCGAAGACCGAAUACGACGAGAGUGGCCCGUCCAUUGUUCACAGAAAAUGCUUUUAAGAUGCAGGACUACAAUUAUAGGGGAUAUACACACUCACACAAUAUACAAUAUAUAAUAAUAUAUAUAUACAUUAUACAUAUAUUAUAUUGAUGUACACAUAAAACUAUUUAUAUAUUUUUAUAUAUUUAAUUUAUUAAGUUAUUUGGAAGUAUAAACAGAUUUUGAAAAAUUA